AUGCAUCUCAACCCGCUUACCCCCCGAGCCCAGCUCCUCCGCGAGGUGCAACAGCUGCUAACCAGCCACCAGGUCUGCGGCGUCGCGCUCGACGCCUCCAGCCCGCGCACCGAGCGCACCGACGCCAUGGCAAUCCCGGAAGCCAUCCCAGAAGACGCCAUCGUCAUCCUCUGCCCCGACAUGAACGUCUGCAGCGAGGCCUGGUGGCUGCUGCGAACCCUGCACCUGGGCGACGGCAGCUCCGUGCAGGGGAAUCCCCUGCUCGCCUCCGAGUUUCCGGUGCAGCAGCGGGAGAGGGCGGACGGGACCCGGUGGGCCGGGUGCAUGGUGUUUAUGGCGCAGCAUUAUGUACGCGGGCAGGAGCUCAAGGUGAUUGUCCUCGAGGAGCCCGGAACGGUGCCACCCCCGAUACCUAUUAUCUGGUGAGGGAGCUGAG